AAAAGAUUCCGUCGAGUCGAGGCGCCGGUGGUUUCGCCUUUUUCGCUCGCAGACGGCCGCCGGCGACGCGCGUGGCGGCGAGCCCUAGAUAUGGUGCCGGGAGGUGGAGUCCCACAGGGGGCGGAGGGAGGGAGGGCUAUGGCGGCGGCGGAGACGGCCGCCACUGCCGCCGCCGCCGGGGAGAGGGCCCCGGGGACGGAGGUGGACGCGUUCCGGCGCCAGGUCGAGGACCUCGUCUCCAAGACCGACCAGCUGGAGAGGAGGGUGAAUGAAGUGGUGGGAUUCUACGACGGGAAGAAACAUGGCAGUGGUGGCCGGAAGGCUGGUCGCAAGGAUAGCAGCCUUUCCAAAGGGAUGCCUGAUCUUAUGCGCCAGUUUGGCACGAUUGUGCGCCAGAUCACAUCUCAUGAAUGGGCCGAGCCAUUUCUCAAGCCGGUUGAUGUGGUAGGCCUUCAGCUUGAUGACUAUUACAAGAUUAUCACCAAACCUAUGGAUUUUUCGACCAUACAAAAGAAAAUGGAAGGGAAAGAUGACAACAAGUAUAACAAUGUCCGAGAAAUAUAUUCGGAUGUUAGAUUAAUUUUUGCCAAUGCAAUGAAGUACAAUGAUGAACGACAUGAUGUUCAUAUAAUGGCGAAAUCAUUGCUUGAGAAAUUUGAAGAGAAAUGGCUCCAGCUUCUUCCUAAAGUUGAAAAUGAGGAAAGGAAACAAAAGGAUGAGGAAUCCAACGGUGUUCCAAAAGUGAACAUUUCUCCAGAAGAAGCUAUUGCAAAACUAGCAAAAGAUACUGACAAUGAGCUGAUUGAAAUCAACAAGCAGUUGGAGGAGCUUCGGCAAAUGGUGGUCCAGAAAUGCCGGAAAAUGACUACAUAUGAGAAAAGAAAACUGGGUGCAGGUCUCUGCCACCUGUCUCCAGAAGAGCUUACUAAGGCAUUGGAGAUGGUUGCACAAGACAACCCUAGCUUCGAAGCUAAAGGAGACGAACUGGAACUUGAUAUGGAUGCUCAGAGUGAGACAACCCUCUGGAGGUUGAAAUUCUUUGUGAGGGAAGCAUUGGAACGACAGGCCAACGUCGCUUCUGGCAGGACUGAUGAAAAUGCGAAAAGAAAGAGGGAGAUAUGCAAUGCUCUGGCCAGAACUGCUUCAAAAAGAGUCAAGCAGCAACCUAAUUAGUGGCCUCUGACCAUUGUGCAUUUGUGUCUUCACUUGUUGUUUAGAAUGUUUCUGAGAAAUAGCCUUGCAAAAUAAUCUCUUCCUUCUAUGGAGCAUGUAAAUAACUAGUCUCUGCUUAGCUGUGUGAGGUUGCAACAAUAGCGAAAUGUUUCCCAAAAAAAGGGUCUUAUGUUCCACCUGUAGAUUGUGUGUUCCAUGCAAUUGUACCAUCAAGAAAAAUCUAGUAUAGCGUUGCUGGCGCCAUUUCACUGUGGCCAUUAGCCCAUUACUCAUUCCGAAGAGCAAACUGUGAAAAAAAA